AAAUUUAAUUGCUUUAUACUGUUUGAAUAGAUUGGGCUGCUCUCUAUACUCUUCAUUUGGAUUGGGCUUCAGCCAUGGUUAAUAUGCAAGCUCAAAACAUACGGUCGGAGUGCUCGAGGUGGAGACUGCAUUGAGCUGGGUUUUCUUUUGCACUUUGUGAGAGUUUCACCCUGAAUCCGAAGAGAUGCUAAGUUCCAUGCGACUGCAAUUGCGAUUACAACCUUCAAACCAAGGCGUUGUAGUUCCCCACCCUAAGAGCGCAUUCGCCACUAACAUUCACAAGCGUGUUAGCCUCUCGUGCAGAAAACGCGCCACACUUCCACUGUCUUGCUCUUUGGCCUCACAACCACACUCUCACGCGCCACAACAACCGCUCUACACUUCCACCGUUGUGUCUUCCUUGCCGCAGCUUCCACAGCUUCGCCUCUCACAGCGCCACAUCACUCUUCUCAACGUCGUGGCUUGCGUGACAGCGAUAUGUGCCACGUGGCUAUUUUGCUCCGCAAUUCCUACACUUCUGGCUUUCAAGAGAGCAGCAGAAUCACUGGAGAAGUUGAUGGAUACCACAAGAGAGGAGCUUCCUGGUACCAUGGCUGCAAUCCGUCUAUCCGGCAUGGAAAUCAGUGACCUCACCACGGAGCUCAGUGAUCUUGGGCAAGAGAUUACUCAAGGUGUUAGAAGCUCCACACGCGCUGUUCGCUCAGCAGAGCAGAGGCUUCGCCGCUUGGCAACCAUGUCUCCUCCUCCUUCUUCAGUUUCCUUGCAGGCAAUGGUGAGUCCAAAAGCACAGGCUGACUCAGGUGGACCUGGGGUGGCCAGAGCGGCAAGAAACAUGAGAGAGGGCGUUGUCAAGGGUCGUGCUAUCAUGAAAAUGUUCUUCACACUUGCAAGAUUUUCAAAGUUUGCUCUUAGCUAUAUAGGUGGGCGUAGAUAAUGUUAAGAAUCAUACAUAGAAGAUGAAAGUCAUCAUGCUCUGGGAUCUAUAGUAUAAAAAGAGCGACCAUUUGCAAUCUCUUUCUUGGUGAUAUGUUGAAGUGCUGUUUGAUCAUUGAUGUGGUUGUGCACUUGUAUUAGAACACAAUAAUACCAGUGAAGAAGCUUACAAGGAGAAAUAACAAAAUGAAAAUCAUUAAAUUUAAAUAUCGGAUGUGUUCUAAUAAAAGUGACACUGAAUCUCAAAUUCAAGGCCACUAGGAUUACAUUUACAUUGAUUUUGGGGCAUGAAAAUAAACAUCAAAGCUCAAACCCUGUUUCUAACCUUGAAUAAGUGUAUUUGAUGAGUUCUUUUGUUUAGUACUGAGUACUCAGAGAAACUGUUGUAUCCUGACAUUUGGUCUCACUUUAAUAAUUCUAUUAGAGUUUCUUUGUUUAAAAAAAAAAAAAAACCUUGAACAUGGAAGGAGGCAGAAUUUUUUCUC